AUGGGAUUCACCUUCAGGGGAACAAGUGGCGCUUCUCCCACAGCAAUACCUGAGAUCAACCAUGAUCCCGGCCAAAAUACGACAUCUCACUCAUCCGAUGAGAAGUUUAACAUCAUUAAAUCAGCGAUUGAUCAAGAAGAUGAUAAGGAGAUCGCCAAAACCGAAAUACUUCUCACUGAAGAUUCACCCUAUGAAGAGGUGCGUGCUGCUACGCGUCCCUUUGAUGGUGGGGAAGUCGCAUGUACUGUGAGGGCAUGGAUCCUAGGCAUUAUCUUCGUUACACUCGGUAGUGGCUUGAACAUGCUCUUGAGCAUGCGAAGCCCAGCCAUCAACUUCCCAGCUGUGGUUGUCGUUCUGCUCGUCUAUCCUAUUGGAUGUCUCUGGGCCAAAAUCGUCCCCACGAAAGUGUUCAAUACGUUUGGCCUGCAGUGGACAUUCAAUCCAGGGCCGUUCACUAUCAAGGAGCAUGUUGUCAUCACACUCAUGUCGAACGUUUCGAUUUCUUACGCCUACUCUACAGAUGCACUGCUUGCUCUUCAGGGGAAACCGUUCUAUAAUAUCAAUCUGGGCUGGGGCUUUGCUUUGAUAUUCACUCUUAGCUCGCAGCUCAUCGGAAUCUCGCUUUCUGGGAUGUUUCGGCGGUUUUUGAUAUGGCCCGCUGCUAUGCUUUGGCCCAGCCAGUUCUCGUACACUUCUCUCUUUUAUGCGCUUCACGAUAAGAGUAAAAUGGACGGUACUACUUCCAAUGGAUGGGUCAUGAGCCGAUAUCGCUACUUCUUCGUCGUCAUGGGAGCUAUGUUUUGCUAUUAUUGGAUCCCGGGGGUUCUUUGGCAAGGACUAUCUGUGUUUGCUUUCAUAACUUGGAUUCGACCAGACAACAUCGUAUUGAACCAACUUUUCGGUGGCUAUACAGGGCUUAGUCUCAUCCCCAUCACCUUUGACUUCACAUACGUCUCCGCGUACUUGUACGAUCCACUGCUAGCCCCAACGACAUCUCAUGUAAACACCUUAAUAGGCCUGUUCUUCUUUGUCAUCCUCACGACAAUCGGCAUUACUUAUUCCGGUGCCCUUUAUGCCGAGUACCUUCCUCUCGUCACGUCGCAAGCUUACGACAACACUCAGAACGCCUACAGCGUGUCAAAGAUUCUUGGCGAUAGCUUCACGCUCGAUGUGGAAAAGUACCACAAUUAUUCGCCAUUAUUCUUAUCUCCAACCUUGGCCCUCAACUACGGGCUUUCCUUCGCCGCACUAACCGCUGCGCUUGUUCACGUUGCGCUUUUCGAUGGAAAGGAGAUAUGGUAUCGCUUCAAAGCCUCCCGCGACCAGGAACCGGACAUCCAUCUCAAGUUAAUGAAGAAGUAUGUCGAUGCCCCUGAAUGGUGGUACACGACACUUCUUGUCAUCUCCCUCGCAUUGGGGCUUGGGACGGUGUUAGGUUACGAUUCGCAACUACCCUGGUGGGGGUUUUUCGUGUCUGUCAUCCUAGCUUUUGUGUUUGUGGUUCCGACAUGUAUGAUCAUGGCUGUAUCCAACAUUACGUUGUCCUUGAAUGUAAUUUCUCCCUUCAUAGCAGGGUUUAUCUUCCCCGGCCGACCGAUCGCUGUCAUGAUCUUCAAGGUCUUCAGCACAAUUACACUUGGCCAAGCCCAAACAUAUGGUAUCAGUGACUUAAAGAUGGCUCAUUACAUGAAAAUACCCCCUCGAGUCACAUUCUGGUGCCAGGUCAUAGCUAGUAUAUGGGCCGUCUUUGUACAGAUUGCCGUCAUGAACUGGACUUUAGGGGCUAUUCCCGACGUUUGCUCAAAUACACAGCCUAGUCACUUCACCUGUCCUAACGGGCGAGCAUUCUUUUCAUCGUCUAUCGUAUGGGGUGUUCUUGGUCCCCAUCGUAUGUUUGGUCCUGGAUCAAUGUACGUGAACUUCAACUGGUUCUGGCUCAUCGGAGCUGGUCUUCCGGUACUGUUGUGGUUCCUCACUCGCAAGAUGAAGCUUGGGUUCGCACGUCACUUCAACGCACCGAUAAUGUUCGGAGCUAUGGGAUGGUUACCACCAGCUACCCCUAUUAGUUUCUCGUCAUGGGCAAUUGUCGGCUUGAUCUUUAAUUAUGGCAUACGCAAGAAGUUCAAUGGGUGGUGGCGCACAUACAAUUACGUCACCGCAGCAGCUCUCGAUGCAGGACUCGUGUUGUCAACUAUAGUCAUCUUCUUCGCAAUCACACUUCCUAAUGUUACUAUCCCCCAGUGGUGGGGGAAUGUAGACAUUUACAACACAGCUGUAAGUGGUUGGCAACAAUAUCAUACGCCCGUUUUUAGGAUGCAUCCAAUACGGCGUGGCUCAAGACAGUACCAGAGGGUGGUACAUUCGGGCCAGCAACAUGGUAGUCUCAUGGCUCCGUAA